AACAACGUUCCUUUGUUUUCCGCGCGGGGCAUCUUCAAAAGCAGACAGAAGACUGUGCUGUUGGAAGCAACCAAUCAGACGCUGCCAUGUCGGGGCAGUCCAGCCAAUGGGAUCGCUCGGUCGGGGGAGAAAAACUUGGAUGGGCCGAUGGAGGAGAACAAUGAGGCGGUUAAAAACGUGCUCAUCCUCCACUGUGGAAGAAGACACCACGCUAAGUUUCUGGAGGCUUCCGGGGGUUCUUGCGUGGUGUGGCUAAAGUAAACCCACGGGGCACCAUUAGCUUAAAUCCCCGGCGUAACAGGGAGGCGAUAGCGCUCUGAAUUUACCUCCAUACAGGUACAAACACUCCAGAAAAAGGUCUCUCGUGAUCAGAUGGUGUCCCGCACGCGAGGGCAUUAGGAGGCAAACUACAGUUCCUCACCCGUCCUCACCCCUCCCUGUCCUUUUCGUCACGUCAAGCCGCUUUGCAUACCGACUUCCUUCUCCCGCUGGUCCCCAUCAGCCAGCCGGCGAGGCGAAGCGUAGCGAGCAGCAGCAGCUGAUAACAUGACGGGAGGAUACUGUAUCACGGAGAGCCAUGAAGAGCUGACUUUAAAAACUUCAUUCGGGAAGUAGGCGGAUGUCGUGUGCGGCCGAUAUCCAGCUCGGAGAAGGACUACACGGAGAGGAGGAGCGGAGAAAUGGAUAAUAUUUGAUGCAACCGGGAUUUUUUGUUGUUUUUUUUUCUUGCUCGACGUGAAGAGGCGGAAUAUGCCGGUGUUUGUACACUACUGUACGUGGAAGUACACUGACUGUUUUUCUUCCCACUCACAGCUCUAACCUAAGGAUUUAAAUCGCCACUCUUUUUUUUGCUAAUUGUAGCCCCGCGGUUAAACAACGCUACUUGUGUGUUGCUUAUUUUAUUUUGUAUUUUUUCUUUUUGACGUCGUAGUUAUUGAGUGCUCUUUCCUACAGGCUUCAUGUGAUUUUGUAAGCUAAUACACAUUUUUAAAUGUAUAAAAUUAGCCAUGGGGUGGCCCCCCUCUCAAACAGCCUGUGAAACCAUUAGAAGCACCUCUUAGCUCCCCUUUUUGACCCACCUUCAAUUAAUAUUUCAUGUUAGCUAGCUUUCCCGUUAUUACAGGUGUCUAUUUUUUUUCGUGACACGGCAUUUAUUUUCCAGUUAUAAUUAUUCUGAUUUAAAAAAUAUUUAUCUUUACAUUAAGGCUGCUAACUGCUGUGUGUUUUGCAAUUAAUUAACCCCUCGCAGGAUACGAAUUCCCUCAUUUUCCCGUCCUAAUUUCCACCAUGAGUUAUAUGGUAAUAAAUGUAUUGCUACGUGGACUCGUCAUCUAUGCGGUACUGGGCUCGGAGUGCUCCUACUCGAAUGAUCUGCCAAGCCACUCGUCUGAUGCUGCAAAUGUAGCCAUCACAGAUCCGUGUCUCGUCGUGAUGCCGCCGUGCGCGGGCGAGGCCGACCGCUUCAGCCUGGAGGCGCUGCGGCACAUCCACAAGCAGCUGGACGACGACAACGACGGAGGGAUAGAGGUCAACGAGAGCUUGGAGUUUAUAAUAGAAGACAUGAAGCAGCAGCAAACCAACAAACACAGCAACCUGCACCGUGAAGACCAGCACAUCACAGUGGAGGAGCUGUGGAAGGGAUGGAAGAACUCCGAAGUCCACAACUGGACCACGGAGGACACGGUGCAGUGGCUGAAGGAGUCGGUGGAGCUGCCGCAGUACGAGAAGAACUUCCGGGACUUCCGGGUCACAGGGAACACGUUACCUCGAAUAGCGGCAAACGAACCGUCGUUUAUUUCCAUGCAGCUGAGGAUAUUAGACCAGCGGCACAAACAGAAGCUCAACCUGAAGGCGCUCGACGCCGUGCUUUUCGGGCCUCCUCUUCGUCCGCAGCACAACUGGGUGAAAGACUUUGUCCUGAUGGUCUCCAUUGUGAUCGGAGUGGGAGGCUGCUGGUUCGCCUACAUUCAGAACAAGUCCAGCAAGGUGCACAUUUCUCAGAUGAUGAAGGAUCUGGAGAGCCUUCAGAACGCCGAGCAGAGCCUGUUGGAUAUGCAGAGCCGGCUGGAAAAGGCUCAGGAGGAGAACCGGACGGUCGCCGUGGAGAAGGAGAACCUCGAGCAGAAGAUGAGGGACGAGAUCAUCGACGCCAAGAAGGAGGCCCACCGGCUGCGGGAGCUGCGCGAGGGCGCCGAGUGCGAGCUCAGCCGGCUCAAGUACGCCGAGGAGGAGCUGGUCCAGGUGCGGAAGGCUCUGAAGAGGGCGGAGAAGGAGAUGCAGUCGGAGCGCUCGGUCCCCGAGGCGCUGCAGAAGUGGCUGCAGCUCACGCACGAGGUGGAGGUUCAAUACUACAACAUCAAGAAGCAGAGCGCCGAGUUCCAGCUGUACGUCGCCAAAGACGAGGCAGAGAAAAUAAAAAAGAAAAGAGGUUCUGUGUUCGGAACCCUUCACGUCGCCCACAGCUCGUCCCUGGAUGAGGUCGACCACAAGAUACUAGAAGCAAAGAAAGCUCUGUCAGAGGUGACGGCGUGCCUGAGGGAGCGGCUUCACCGCUGGCAGCAGAUCGAGAAGCUCUGCGGCUUCCCCGUCGUCAACAACUCUGGUCUGCCGAGCCUGACGGCCAGCCUCUACUCGGACCACAGCUGGGUGGUCAUGCCCCGAGUCUCUGUCCCUCCGUACCCCAUCGCAGGCGGUGUGGACGACCUGGACGAGGACACGCCUCCCAUCAUUCCACAGUUCUCCACCGCUGCGUUGAUCCGACCCCCGCUGACCCGCAACAGCAGUCUGUGUCGCUCCCGCCGAAGCCUGCUGAGCCAACAGUCGUCCCUGAUGUCCCCGGACCCGGACCUGCUGUCCAUGGCCGGCUCGUCCCUCUCCUAUCGCCCCGACGCAGACGACGAACAGUUUAUGUUCAGUUUGGAUAGGAGGGGGUAUGUAGCUGUGGCCGGAACGCCAUGGAAUGGUUUUACAGUUUGGACUAACAGAGAACCGGCUCAGGACGGCAGCUCCGACACGGACUCCCUUUGCUCCACCAUCAGCCGCAAGCAGCUGCACUCCCCCGGCGCCGCCGACGCCCCGUACCGCCGCAUCUCCCGCGAGGAGCUGCUGCUGCUGGGCCAGGGCAGCCCGGAGCGCCCCGGCUCCACCCACACCACCAGCAGCAGCAGCAGCAGCAGCCUCAGGGACUCCACGCCUCCGCCCAUGCCCCCGACGCCGGCCGCCACCCCGUCCGGCCCGCCCUCCACCUCCCCGUCCCCGGCCCUGGAGCACCACCCAUUCGCGCCGAAAGGCUCGCCCGACCUCACCCGCGUCAUACCCGAGUCCCAAAGCAUGCCGCUGUCGCAGGGCAGCGCCGCCUCUCCGACGGGCAAGGGCGUCUACAACGGCAUCCUGGAGAAGUCCUACAGCUACGGCCAGCUGCCGGCGAGCAUGCUGCCCAACGUGGGGCGCAACCCGUCGCUCACCUCGCUGGACUCGGAGGGCCGGAGCCUGGGGAGAGAUUACAAGCUCCACAGCACCUCCUCCCAGGACUCGUGCGACAACGGGGAGAAAAUCAAGCGCUCCUCGUCUAAAAUCAAAAGCUUAUUUAAAAAGAAGAAAUAAAAAAAACACACUCAGCGUGAGGUAGCGCGUCGCGUGUGACAGCGAGAGAGUAAACUAAACUAAAAUAAGAAGAGUUUUAUCGCUCGUACGUCACUGGAAGAUAAAACAUUUAUUUUUCUCUCCUGUUUUUUUUUUUUUUGUUUUGUUUUUUUUUUGUCAAAGAUGGAAUGUAGCUCAGCCUGGGCGCCGUCAAACGCCCCUCAACCUGGUAGCCUUAUUUUUCAAUAAUCCCUUUGUAUUUAGUUCUCACCGAGGAAAAAAAACCCGCACAGGCGGAGGAAGGAGCCGAGGCAAGCUCACGGUUCUCUCUUCCUUUUUCCUUUUCUUUGUAUUUUUUUCCUUUUUAGUUUGAACCAAAAAAAACCUCCUUAUAAUGGGUCUAAAGGUGCAGUCUGUACAUUUAGUUUCAAACUCACAAAGUGUAGUGUUUCACUGAAGACGUGUCGUGUGGAUGAACUCGUGUACUUGACUCAUUUCAUUCAGAAGAGAGAACGAGAGAGAGAGAAAAAAUAAUCCUGCUAAAAGUUUGUUGCACUACUGCUUUCUUCGUGGUUGUUUGUUUUUUGUUUUUUUUUUUUGGGAGAGAGAGAGAGGGAGAGAGGGCGAGUUAGAAUCAUGAUGUCGACAUGAAGGGAGGGGGGAUGCAUGAGCGGUCGCAAUGAAAACGCAGCACAGAGCCAAAACGAUCUGACGUGCCCUCAGUGCCACUCUUUAUGGAUGUCUCAAUAUAAAUAUAUAAAUAGAAAAAAAAAAAUAUAUAUAUAUAUAUAUAAAUUGUUUUCACAUGAUGUUCUUAAAGGUGAUUUUAAUAGAUUUUUAAAUUUUACGGCUUCAUCGCGGACCGAAGCCGCAGCGGUCACUUUAUCUGUGUUCUUGUCGCCCUUUAUUACUUGAUUACCUGCAUCCUGUAGCCAUACAGUAACAAAAUCUACUAUCUUUAUGUUUUUCUUUCUGCAGCUUUUUAAACCUGGUGUCACUACAAUGUUUGGGGGGAGGGGAAAUUGGCUUUCAGGUGCAUCUCUCAAGUAAGUUAGAUGAUCAUUGAAAAGCUUAUUUAUUUUUGUAAUGUAGUUUAAAAAGGUGAAAGCUGUGUCUCGUGUGGUUUUGUUACAUACGGAGUGAUGUAUUUUAAGUGUUGUUAUUUGGGGGAAGUUUUGAAGAUUUUAAUCUUUCGCAAACCUUCAAAUGGGUUUCGAUGAUCCCUGCUCAAGGAUGCAGUCAUCAAGAGCAUGGAGUCGAAAGUUAUGUUAUUUAUAUUUAUAUUGAUAUAUAAACUAAAAUUGAUUCUUUGUUUAAAAUCUAAUCACUAUUUUGAACAAUGAAUGGCAAAGUCCGAUUAAAAAAUAAUAAAUCUAUAACCAUCUUCAAAGUUGUGUUGUUUCACGGUUUAACCAUGUCAAUUAUUAUUAUUAUUAUUUUUUUUUUUUUUUUGCUUAAAUGUCCAUACCAUUACAGAUGGAAAAGUCUAUAAAUUUGACUCAGCUAGUGCUGAAGUCUUGAAGUGGAUGGCUUUUGGAAAUCUGGCCUCCUGCAGUUUUUCCUUCCACUGAACUUACCAUUAAUAUUCUUGGAUGCAGCGCUCUAUGAGCAGCCAUCAAGUAUUUUUUUAAUCUCUCAUCUCCUGCAUAACAAAAAUGUUUUUUUUUGAGUAACUUUUUUUUUUUUUUUUUUGCUACAAGUAAUCAAAAUGAACAGAAAUAAACGCUUGAAAUGUAUCACUCUGUGUAAUUAAUAUGAGUUUCACUCUUUGAACGGAAUAAUCAGCUUAGGAACAUUGAUUUAUUUUUAUUUUUAUUUUAUUUUGAUGCGCCUGUAUGUGUUAAAAUUCCAGGAACACUAAGAAUAAUCUGCUGCCAAUCUGACCAUCACUCUGCAAGGCAACCAGACCCACCCAACUGUUUGCCCAAAACAACAACAACAACAAAAACGCAACAAUAAAAAAAAAAAAAAAA